UCCCGGAAGCCAGGCGGCGCAGGCGCGCACUGCUCUUCCUCAAGCGCGGGAGUCUUGGUUUUGUGGUGGCUUCGCUUUGGCCUCUCUGCCGCCACAGCCGUUGGUGGCUUCAUUUCCCGGAGACUUCUAGGCCAUCUGAGGCGACAUGGUUGCAGGCGACAAAGCAGCAGGCGGUGGCAAUGCAGGAACUGCCGCGACCUCCGGCUGCCUGUAGGCAGCGACCCUUUGGGCCCUCAGUCGCUCGGGCCUGCGCUUUCUUCCUGUGAAGUCGCCGUGCCUUUCCGCGAGGAUGAGCUCUGCCUGGGUAACUUCUUUCGAAAAGGAGCAUCUCUGGAUGUACCUGCAGGCGCUCGGCUUCGAGCCGGGCCCGGCUACCACUGCCUGUGGAAAGAUCGUGUCGCACACGCACCUCGGAGUGAACAUGUUUGAUAAACUGAACCGUGAUGCCUUUCAGAUAGUUUCUUAUUUUUUGUUUCAAACACUGGACCAGUCUCUCACCAAAGAAGUUUUCAAAUUUUGCUGGCCUCCAUUUGACCAAAAAAGUGAAACUGAAUUCCGGAAACAUUGCUAUGAAUGGUUAAAAAAGAUUUCUGCUGAGUGUGGAAGUAGCUUUCCUCAAGUUGUUGGCUCCUUGUUUCUUUCUCCUGGUGGUCCUAAGUUUAUUCAUUUGAUGUAUCAUUUUGCAAGAUUUGUUGCAGUAAGAUAUAUUAAAAAUAAUUCAAAAAAUUCAUCGUAUUUUGUACAGACAUUUAACCUAAAGCCUCAAGAUUUGCACAAAUGCAUUGCCAGAUGCCAUGUAGCACGUAACAGAUUUUUACAAAUUUUGCAAAGAGAAGAUUUUGUUACUCAAAAAUAUCAGGAAAAUGCACAAUUAGCAGUUAAGCAAGUUCGAAAUUUGAGAUCAGAAUGUAUAGAACUACAAAAUCAAAUAAAAAGCAUGGAACCCUAUGAUGACCAAAGUAAUAUAGAAGAGAAAAUUCAAAAGGUUAGGUCUUUGUGGGCCUCAGUGAAUGAAACACUCGUGUGUUUGGAAAAAGAGAGAGAAAUUGUUAGUUCAGUCCUUGGUCUUGUUAACCAAUAUGCUUUAGAUGGAACUGAUGUUGUUAUUAACAUUCCAACACUCUUACUCGACAAUAUUGAGAAACAAAUGUGUCAGUUCCACAUAGGAAAUGUUUACGAGUCUGGAAAAUUAAACCUGUUAACAGUUAUUCAGUUAUUAAAUGAAGCCUUGAAAGUAAUGAAAUAUGAACGUUGUCAGGCUGACCAAGCAAGAUUGACAAUAGACCUUCACUACCUUGAAAAGGAGACCAAAUUUCAGAGGGAAAGAUUAUCAGAUCUGAAGCAUAUGAGGUAUAAAAUAAAAGAAGAUAUCACAACUAUAAGACAAUCUAUUGUUGAAAAGCAAGCAGAAUGGCAUAAGAAGUGGAAGGAGUUUCUUGGUCUGUCUCCUUUUAGCCUAAUUAAAGAUGGUACUACAGCUGUGGAUCUUUUACCGCCUAUGUCUCCCCUUUCAUUUGAUCCUGCUUCAGAAGAAGUAUAUGCGAGGAGUAUUCUUUUUAAGUAUCCUGCUUCACUUCCAGAUACACCUAAGCAACAUAACCAAGAAAAUGGUUGCAGAAGAGAUAAAGAUGCUCUGGGACCUGUACAUGAUCUAACUGACAGCCCUGCCUCUUCUUUUCUGUUGCAGCCAGCUUCAUCAUUAGACAAAAACAAUGUUUCUCUACUUGAAAAGGACACAAAGAUGAGAACUCCCAAAGAGAAAAAUGAAAUAAUUUCUAAGAAAACAUCAGAGUUCGAAGUGGAAGAUUCUCUGUUACCAAAUAUUGCAAAAGAUACAGAGAGUAGUGCAUUUGGAGUGUCUGUGCCUGCCAACAGUGAUCCAUUCCAAAAAGAGCAAGAUCAUCUGGUAGAAGAGGUUGCAAAAGCAGUUUUAUCUGAUUCACCACAGCUCUCUGAAGGAAAAGAAGUAAAAUUAGAGGAACUGAUUGACUCUCUAGUUUCUAACCCCUUCUUAACAAGGAACCAAAUUCCCCGAACUCCAGAAAACUUAAUAACUGAAAUUAAGACCUCAUGGAGAAAAGCUAUUGAAGUGGAAGAUAACGGAAAUGUAGAACCAAUUCUAAUGGAUACUGAACAUAAAGAAGUAUUGUCAGAAUCUUCACCUGUGUUACAUGAUCAAAGAGAAUUUAGCAUGGCCUGUUUCCUCUCACCAACCACUGUGUCAGAUUUUGGUCCAUCUCAUUUGUCAGGAGAGAAAGUUGUUUCAGAUUGCCUUAGUGGUACACCCCAGAAGCAUCUGGAGACCCAUCCCAUAGGUGAAUCACCAGCACAAAAUCAGUCAGAUUUGUUAAAUAGGAAAAUAACUUGCAAACAAGAAGUGGGAUGUGUAGCUUUACCCACCAAACUUUCAGAAAGUAGCCAAAUAGAGACAUUUUCCCCUGCUGUAGGUGGUAGGACAGAUGUGAUGGGUAGCAGGGGAGAAGACUAUGUUAAAAUAUUGGACCACUCACAAACUUCUUAUGAUGAACCUUCCAUGCAUAAAACCAUGUUAUGGAACUCUUUUCAAAUAUCAAGUGGUAUUAGUUCCAAGAGUUUAAAGGAUAUGGAUUUUGGGAUAUUACAUGAAACUCUUCCUGAAGAAGUUGGUCACUUAAGUCUUAAUAGUUCCUGUAGUUCAGAGACUAGUUUUAAAGUGGAACCUCAGAGUCCUGCACACAGUGGCAUUUUUCCAGCAGAUACUCUGGGAGAAAGACGGACUACUCCAGAAUCAGACUUCAGUUUACAGGCUAUUUGCAGUAGUUUUGAGGCUCGGAAGAAAUCUCUUUCCAAGAAAAGAGAAGAAUUGUACCUCUCUACUCCUGAAAUACUUGAAAGACACAAACCAGAAUUGAGCCCUACUCAGCAAAACAUGCAAGCAGAUGAUUUGCUUAGCUUUCUGGGCACUCAUGAUUUGCACAGUGACUAUUCAAAACCAUCUUUACGUGUGUCCCUUGGUGAAAGAAAACGGUCUCUUUCACCACUAAUUAAGUUUUCUCCAGUGCAGCAAAGAUUGAAGAGCACAAUACCAUGUGGUCUUGGAGAAUUUCUGCCAAAUUUAAAAGAAGAAGAGAUCUUGGGAAAGAGCCUUGAUGCAGAAGAACCUCCAUCUGACUUGACAACUUGAAGCAGUUCCCAAUUAAUAUAACAUGAUGCACUUAAAGGGAAACUUUGUUAUGGAACAGAAACUGAUUUAUAACUUAAAUACACAUUGGAAGUGUAACAGUCUUUUUCAAGAUCUAGAAAUUGUAAAUGCUUUUUAGCCGUCUGUAAUGUUUUUAGGGAAAGAAAGUGUAUUUGGAUUUUGUCUUUGUAGGGAGAUGGGGUUGAGAUGUGAAACAGAAGGAAAGCAAAUGUCAAAGUUGUGGGAAACCAUUUUGACUUGAAUAAUCUUGAAAGUAUUAAGUAAGUGACAAAAGUAGUAGUUUAAAUUAUGGAAUUAUAGUUUCAGUUAAUUGAAAUAAGGAUGACUAGUUUUGGUAUACUUUAUUAAGUGGUUAAUAUAAUAGCCAUUGAAUAUACUGAUCUUUCAUUUUUAGAGAAACCACUUUUAUUAGAUCUUUAUGAAACAUUCUUGUCCUAACCCAAAAAAAGUGAGAAAAGUGGUAUCUUGGGAUAUGUUGGCAAGAUGACAGAUUUUAAAAUUGGGAAAGCUCUAAACAGGAUUAAUGAUUAUUCAAGUAGAUUGAUCCUGAGAAAUGGUGUUUGAUGGAAUAAAGUGCACGUGAAGAUAAAUGAAGAUGGGGGCAGGAUGAAUUUGUAAAAAAGGUGGAAGCAGGUGACUAGACACCUAAGGAACGUUAUCAACUUAUAAAUCCAUUCAGUGGGUUGUCCAUUAGAUUUGUAUUUAGUCUAAUUUAGACAUUGAGAGUUUAAUUUAAUCCUAGUUUUAUAUUUUAACAAAAAUAUAAAUUAAAAAUUAAUGAGCCUGUUUUGUUGUUGUUGUUAUUCUUUUGCAAGGUGGGGAUGCUGUUUUCAGGAACUUAGCUAGUUUCUAUUGUUUACUGCUCAAAGCCAUUAACAUUUUCUGCUACCUGUGCAGGGUUGGGGAAUGUCUGGCCUGCAGGCCAUAGAGGGCUUGCAAAAUAAUUUGGUCUAGUCCUGCCAAGGCAACUGCAGGCAAGACUUGAAGUUAACUAAAUUUAUAGCAGGCUAAUUUUUAAGUUGAUAAUGGCCCCUGGCAGAGAAAAAGUUCCCCACCUCUGCCUUAUAGAAUAGCCCCCGAAUAACUUGAGAGAACUGAAUGUGGGGUAAAAUAACUUGUAAUGCAUGUAUAGUCCGGCCUAACUGCAUGAUGCCCUGUAGCCCAGAAGUCUUGUCUGUAUCUAAGUGGACACAUGCCAUUGCCUUCUGUAAACCAAGUGGAAUGAAAUAGGCACUGCCAGGGUGAUGGCACAUAUAGUACCUUCUGUAGAGCCCUAGAUCGUAAACAUGAAAUAAAACUAGUAAUGAGAGAAUAGCUGGGAGUUCCAGAAGGAGACUGGCCUAAUAGUUCAUCUCUCUUCACUUAUCUCAGAUUGACUUUCUUUAAGUUGUUUGUUGUGUUCCAGUUUGAAGACCAGUCUUAAUGUAAGAAGAGAGAGAAGAAAGCACUUCAACUAUCCUUUUCGCUAUGGAGAAGAAAGAGGAAGAGAAAAUCUGAAGUGUUACAUUCCUUUAUUAAUAUAACAAAUUAGAGACUCUGCCACUUUACCAAGAAACCAUUCUCUAGUCUGCUUUAUGCAAAAUCAUUAUCCAAAAUGAGUGUGUUAGGGAGGAGAUACAUAUUAGCAUCUGAAAAGUGUGGAGGCCAUUGUUAGAUACUUAAUACAUAUUUCAUUUAGCUGUUGUAACUUUAAGAUUGCAGUUAUACCUGUUUUAAAAAUAAUUUACUGAGCUAGCAAGCUUAAAUGACUUUCUUUUUUUUUUUUUUUUUUGACAGGCAGAGUGGACAGUGAGAGAGAGAGAGACAGAGAGAAAGGUCUUCCUUUGCCGUUGGUUCACCCUCCAAUGGCCGCCGCGGCCGGCGCGCUGCGGCUGGCACACCGCGCUGAUCCGAUGGCAGGAGCCAGGAGCCAGGUGCUUUUCCUGGUCUCCCAUGCGGGUGCAGGGCCCAAGCACCUGGGCCAUCCUCCACUGCACUCCCUGGCCACAGCAGAGGGCUGGCCUGGAAGAGGGGCAACCGGGACAGAAUCCGGUGCCCCGACCGGGACUAGAACCCGGUGUGCCGGCGCCGCUAGGUGGAGGAUUAGCCUAGUGAGCCGCGGCGCCGGCCAUUAAAUGACUUUCUAAGAGAGGUUGGGUGUUUCGGCACAGGGGGUUAAGCCAUUGCUUGAGAUGCCUGCAUCCCAUAUUGGAGUGCUGGUUUGAGUCUCAGCUACUUGCUUCCUAUCUAGUUUCUUGUGAAAGUGCCUGGGAAGGCAGAGAUUAUGGCCUAAACACUUGGCAUUUUUCUUUUUUUAAGAUUUAUUUAUUUAUUCAAAAGGCAGAGUUACAGAGAGGCAGAUAGAAAGAGACAGGUCUUCCAUCUGCUGGUUCAGUCCCCAGUUGGCUGCAAUGGCCAGAGAUGGGCCAAUCCAAAGCCAGGAGACUGGAGCUUCUUCCAGGUCUCCUACGCUGGUUUAGGGUCCCAAACACUUGGGCCAUCUUCCACUGCUUUCCCAGGCCAUAGCAGAGAGCUGGAUUGGAAGUGGAGCAGCCAGGACUUGAACUGGUGCGCAUAUGGGAUGCUGGCACUGCAGGCGGUGGCUUUACCUGCUACGCCACAGAGCCGGUCCCAAAUACUUAGUUUCUUUUCUUUUUUUUGCCUCCUUCCCUCCCCUCCCUUCCUUCUCCUUCCCUUUCCCCCUUUUCCCCCUUUUCCCCCUUCCCCUCCUUCCCCUUCCCCUCUCCCCACCCCUCCCUUCCUCUCCUCUCCUCUCCCCUGCCCUGUUCUCCCCUUUCCUUUUCUUUCGAUUUACUUAUUUGAAAGGCAGAGCUACAGAGAGGCAGAGGUAGAGAGAGAGAGGUCUUCCAUCUGCUGGUUCACUCCUCAAAUGACUGCAGUGGCUGGAACUGCAUUGAUCAGGAGCUAGGAGCCUCCUCUGGGUCUCCCACAUGGGUAUAGGGGCCCAAGCACUUGGGCCAUCUGCUUUCCCAGGCUAUAGCAGAGAGCUGGACCGGAAGUGGAGCAGCUGGGACUCAAACCGGUGCCCAUAUGGGAUGCUGGCACUGCAGGUGACGGCUUUACCUGCUAUGCCACAGUGCUGGCCCCAAAAACUUGGUUUCUUACCACUCAUGUAGGAGAAGUGGAUGUUGGAGUUCUAGGUUACUGGAGUCAGCCUGGACCAGGCCUGGCUGUUUUAAGUAUUUGGGGAGUGAACCAGUAGAUGGAAGAUCCCUCUCUCUGUCACUCUGCCUUUCAAAUAAAUAUUUUUAAUUAAUUUAUUUCUUUGAAAGAGAAAGAGAGAUAAUCUUCCAUCCGCUGGUUUGCUCCCCAAAUAGCUGCAAUGGCUGGGAUUGUGCCAGGCUGAAGCUAGGAGCCAAGAGCCUCUUCUGGGUCUCCCAUUGGGCCAUCUGCUGCUUUCCCAGACUCAUUAGCAUGGAGCUAGAUUGGAAGUGGAGCAGCUGGUGCUCAUAUGGGAUGCUGGUACUGCAACGGGGGUUUAACUUUAUAUGCCGCAGUGCCAGCUCCAUAAAUAAUUUUUUUUUUUUUUUGACAGGCAGAGUGGACAGUGAGAGAGAGAGACAGAGAGAAAGGUCUUCCUUUGCCGUUGGUUCACCCUCCAAUGGCCGCCGCGGCCGGCACACCGCGCUGAUCCAAUGGCAGGAGCCAGGUACUUAUCCUGGUCUCCCAUGGGGUGCAGGGCCCAAGCACUUGGGCCAUCCUCCACUGCACUUCCAGGCCACAGCAGAGAGCUGGCCUGGAAGAGGGGCAACUGGGACAGAAUCCGGCGCCCCGACCGGGACUAGAACCCGGUGUGUGGCGCCACUAGGCGGAGGAUUAGCGUAUUGAGCUUCGGCGCCGGCCUUCCAUAAAUAAAUCUUUAAAAAAAUGGCUGUGUAAGAUGAUGGUCUAAAGGUCCAGCUGUUAGGGUCAUCUGAGUUGUAUUUUUUUAAAACGAUUUAUUUAUUUGAAAGAGAGAAGGAGAGACUGAGAGCGAGUGAGCUUCCAUCUGCUGGUUCAUUCCCUAAAUGGCCAUAAUAACCAAGGCUGGGCCAGGCUGAAACUAGGAGCUGCUUCCAGGUUUCCCACGUGGGUGGAUGGGCCCAAGGACUUGGGCCAUCCUCUGCUGCUUUCUCAGGCACAUUAACAGGGAGCUGGAUCAAAAGUGGAGCCAAUAUUGGAUGUUGGUGCUGCAGGCAGAGGCUUUAACCCACUUAGUCACAGCACUGGCCCCUGAGUUGUAUCUUUAAAAAUACUGAUCUAGGGGCUGGUGUUGUGGCUCAAUGGGUUAAGCCACAGCCUGUGGCUGUUCCCAUCCCAUAUGGGAUGUUUGGGGCUGUGGUACUUAUGUAGUUUAUCUGGAUGAAGUUCCUGGCUCCUGGCUUCUGCCUGGUCUAGCCAGAGCCAUUUGGGCUGUUUGGGGUGUGAACCAGCAGAUGGAAGACCUCUGUCUCUCCCUCUGUAAUUAUGCCUUUCAAAUAAGAAGUAAAUCUUUAACAAAAAAUGCAUAUCUAAAAUAAGGCUAGGGAAUCUGCAUUUUAUUAUUUAUUUUUUUAAAGAUUUAUUUAUUUGAAAGAGUUACACAGAGAGAGGAGAGGCAGAGAGAGAGACAGACAGACAGAAAGGUCUUCCAUCUGAUGGUUCACUCCCUAGAUGGCCGCAGUGGCCGGAGCUGUGCCAAUCUGACGCUAGAACCAGGAGCUUCUGGGUCUCCCAUGGGGGUGCAGGGGCCCAAGGACUUGGGCCAUCUUCUGCUGCUAUCCCAGGCCACAGCAGGGAGCUGGAUCUGAAAAGGAGCAGCCAGGACUGGAACUGGCGCCCAUAUGGGUUGCUGGCACUUCAGGCCAGGGUGUUAACCUGCUGCGCAACAGCGCCGGCCCUGGGAAUCUGCAUUUUAAAUAUGCUUCUCUAGUAAUUCUUACAAUCAGUCAAAACUUUGAGAACUGUGAGAUGAAGAUUCUUGCUUAGCUCUAAGUUACCUAUAAGAGGCAGGUACACUAAUGCAUCUAUUUGUAUACUUUUUUUUUUUUUUUAAGUUGAUUUAUUUAUUUGAAAGGGAGAGUUAGAGAGAGGCAGAGGCAGAGAGAGAGAGGUCUUCCAUCUACUGGUUCACUCCCCAAAUGGCCACAACAGCUGGAGCUGAGCCAAUCCGAAGCCAGGAGCCAGAAGCUUCUUCUGGGUCUCCCACAUGAGUGUGGGGGCGCAAGCACUUGGGUCAUCUUCCACUGCUUUUCAGGCCAUAGCAAGAGAGCUGGAUUAGAAGUGGAGCAGCCAGGACUCGAACUGAUGCCCAUAUUGGGUACUGGCACUACAGGCGGUGGCUUUACUUGCUACGCCAAAGAGCCAGCCCCUGUAUAUUGCUUUAUCAUUAAUUACCUGAUAAGAAAGCUCAAGUUCGCCAAUAAAGUAGGGGUAGUCCUUAAUUGCUGAGAAUCAAAAGAUCAAAUGGAGCCUGGUGUUUGGCCUAGUAGGUUCAAUUCCUGGCUCUGACUUCUGACUCGAGCAUCUGUCCAAUGAUAGGCUCAAGUAGUCGGGUCCCUGAUACCCAUGUGGUAUAUAUACUAGGAUUGAGUUCUUGGCUUCCUGGUCCAACCUUGGCCACUGGGCAUUUGGGAAGUGAAUCAGAGGAUGGAUACUGUCUCCGCUUCUCAUUUAAAGGGAAAAAAAAAGCCUCUGGACAUUGUGGAUUUGCAGAAACACCUUGUUAAAUAGUGAGUUAUACUUUACCUCCAAGCUUUUAACAUCUUUCCUUGUCCUUUGUGUGCCAGUACCAGAGGUGUUUCAAAUAGAUCCCUUACAUAAAACCACUGUGAAUGUAACUUUUCACCUUCAGCCUCUUUCCUACUCAGUAUCAUCUACAAAGUUGCCUUUUGACUAAGGAACUGCUUUGGGCUUGCUGCUUCCUUGCUUAAACUUCAUUUCUGGCUCAUUGAUUGCUAAUUCUAGAAUAGGGUUCCAAUUUAAAGGCAUAUAAGGUAAGGCUCCAAAAUAGGUUUCCUCUGUUCCUCUUUCUGUUCUGAUCUCCCAUUUCUUACUGAAAUGCUCAGUGAGCAUGGGUCUUUACAAAUACUGAUUCAAAAUUCUUCUGAAGCUGGAAUACCUUACCCUCCAUUUCUAGCUUAUAUUUAUAGCUCUCUUAAUGCUCAGAACAAAUCUCAAUUUCACCUUCAAAUCUUAAUCUGUCUAUACCCAUGUGCCUAUUCCUUUUCAGAAAUCUAUGCUUUAUCUUUACUGUUUUCACUCAUUUAGUAUUUUAUUAAUUGCUUUUAUAAUGUAUUUUUUCAUGGUUAUAUGUGAUCUCUAUUUACAUACAUUCCUGUGUAGACAUAUAUAUGGGGUGGAUAUAUCUACACAGGGGUAUACCCCAGGAGCCAUGUGGCCACGUGUUUAGCAAACGUUUAAGAUUGGAAUUGUUCUGCCUCCAACAUAAUGGCAAAAAUGUAACAGCAAAGAGGUCUAACUUAUUGCUGUAUUGGUUUUUUUCUCACAUUCAUAUCAGAUUACAUAAAAUGUGUUUUGUUCACUAUUUGUAAAGUGUAAAAGUGUGUAAACAUACUUGUACAUCAAGUUGAAAUCAUACUCAAAUGUCUAUUUUAGUUGUUUAAGGAGGAUAAGCAUGUAAUGUUGCUGAACAUGAAAAAUAUUAUCAAGUAGACCUUUAAAAAGUUGAAGUUGAACAUUUAGGGAAAUUUAACUGAACAAAAAUGCUGGUAUUUUGAAACUUUUUUUGUUUUUAAAAAAUGUUUAUUUUUUCAAAGAAAUGGCAGUAGCCAAUUGGAAACCUACUUAUUCUUCAACUCCAAUUUUGUUUUCUUUAAAUUUAGAAGUGACUUAGUCAUUACUAUUUUAAACACCCCCCUCCCCCUUUUUCCCCUUUAAAUGUUUACAAUCUACUCAUGCUGAAUCUUUCCAAGGAGAUUGCUUCAGCGUAUUAUCUCCAGGUCCUCACUUUGCUCCUUUUACCAAAAAGUGUAAAACACGAUCCCAUCAUGCAUCUUAGGGCUCCAGUUGUCAAAAAUAGGAAAAAAAAAUCUUUGGAAUAGCCAAUUAAGAUGAAUAGAAAAGUCCACACGAAUACAGUUUGGUUGGGGCAUGAAUCCACUCCUAUGUUCCUGGUAAUCUGAUCCCGCUCCAUGAAUCCUUGUAAUUCAUCCUCCCUAUCCUAUCCACAAUAUGAUUUGAAUCCAAUGAUCCAGCUCCAAGGAUUGGGAUCCAGUGAGCCCUCUCCAGUCCAAACCUUUAUAACUAGCAAAACCAAAACAGAGGAGGGAAAAUGUUAGAUACUGUAAUCAAAAAAGUUUUGAAACCUUUUGUUUACCAUAUUUCUUAACUAUUAAGUCAAUUUUAUCUAAAAGAAAAACAGGAAUUCUUGAGGUCUCUAUAAAAGCAAACUAGUUACCCCCUACUGAUUGUACUAAAAUUAAAGAAAAUAUGGACAUUUUCCUUAAAGUAUUUGCUAAAGAGAAUUUUUUUUGCCUUUAGAUUAUACAGUUGAUGUAGGGAUUACCUUUUUCAUGCACUAUGAAUGACAAGACCAUAACCUAAGCUUAAAUUAUGUCAGUGCUCUAUGGCACCAUUUAUACAUGUUAUAGAAAUCAAUGUCUUGAAUAAAUGUUCAAUGUCAUACCAUCUAGCUCUGGACUUUGCAUAUGAUAAAAAGAACUGUGCCAUACAAACCAUAAAGUGAUCACAUAAGAAUAUUAAUAACCUGGUCAAUAAAGUAAGAUUCAGUGAUUCAAGUAAGAAUAUUUUGUUACUGUCAUUUAGUUAUUUUAUUUACAACAUGUACUUUUGAAUGAUUUUAUAGGAUGAUAUUGAUACCAUCAAGAGUUUUCUCAUGUGGAGUCUGUUGCCACUGGUUCUAUUUAGAUGUACACCUCAACAGCUUCUGGCUCUUUAUAGGUAGGGAUCCUGUCACCCACAUCUGCUUGCUGUAAGAUAGCUAUUGCCAGAACUGGAAUAGGAGAUUUUAGGUCUGUUCUGAUUUCACUGUAUCACAUUUGCAAGUCCAAAUUAGGAACCUCAGAAACCUCCCUCAAAAGUAACCUAAGAAUCUUAUUUGGUGUUUAUCCAAUUCCCAGGUAAAUGCAAAGGGGGAAAGUUCCAGAGUGGGACAUUUCCUUGAGAGAAGUCACUCAUCUUUCUGGGCUUCAGCUUCCUCAGUAUGUAAAUUUGGAAUCAUGAGGGAAUAAUCUAAACUAAAAAAGCUAGGAUUUUUCUGAUCAGUUUUUCUGCCAAUGGAGAGAAUAGCGUGUAAUGGUUAGAAGGGGGGGAGUCUAGUCAGAUUGCCUGGAUUUAGCUUUAUCACCUAGUCAUACCAGUGCUGCCAUCUAUUAAAAUAGAGUUAAAAGUAACAUACCUCAUAGGUUGUGAAGAUGAAGUAAGAUAAAUGCACAUCAAGUGUUUAUGAAUACUUAGCGUUUACUGAGGGCUCAAAUAUUUAGACAGACUUCAGUCAUCUGGGGGAGGAAUGGUUCUGUAAGUGGUAAUGAUAGCAAACACUUUCCAUGUUGUUUUAAUAACCUUUAAGCAACCCUACUGGUAUUAUUCCAAGUUUACCAAUGAAGAAACAAGCAUAGUGUUAUUGAGAUCUGACUAAGUGAAAGGAUCUGAAUGCUAAUUCAAUUCAGGUGCUCUGGCUCCAGAGUCCAUACUCUUAACCAAUCUGCUGCAGCUGCCAUCAAGUACUGCCAAAGUGAUGGGGGGCUAUGCUCAUCAAAUCAAAUUUUCCAGCUAAGCAAUAACUGGGGGCAGUCAGAAUCUUUAGAUUUACAUAUUAAGCUCUUUGAAAUCAUUUCAACUAACACCAUAUUUUAAAUUGCUAACAAUAAAUGUUUAUUCAUAACUGAGGCCAAGAAGAAUUUAUAAAUGCAUUUUAAUACCUUGCUGAUAAAAUAGUAACAUUCCAUCUUUGCAAUCUGAUAAGGAAUACAGGAAGAUAUUGGUAAAGGCUUUGAUGUGCAUUACCUAUUAUAUUAUAUCCAAGUAAUCAGAAUACAUACACACAAACCACCUACUUUAGUGUUACACCAUACCAACUUCUCAGAGGGGCCAUCUUAAAGCUCUACUGGAUAGCUGAGUAAAUAGCUUCCAAUGUUUCAGGACUGGGGAACAGGGAAGAAAGAUGGAAACAGUAAGCAGCACACAUUUCAAAGCCCACUUUUAAGCACACAUUAUAUUAAAAAUAAAGGAUGCAAAAAAAAAAAAA